AUGCUUCUCACGCCUCGAACCUACUCCCUUGCCCAGGUCCCGGACGAAGGCUGCCGUCACGCUCGAACGUCAUACUUCCUCUUGACACCAUCACGAAAGGAGCGCCUUAUUGAAGAGAAGCGGGCGCGCAGGAUGCUGUUACUCCACCAGACUGGCGCCGUCAAGGUUGGAGAAAUUGUGCGGUAUACCCUGACCUACACGCCCUCCGAAGACCGCAUACUGCCCUCCCCGCCCUUCCUUUACGUCAAGAUCAAGAACACCGUGUCGGUUGCGUUGCGCGCUGCAUACAUUCACGGCCCUUAUACUCUCCAUGUCGCCGCUUAUCCCUCUACAUUCAACCCAAACAAGAAAGUCGAAUCGCCCAGACGAGAUGGUAUCCCGGAAUUUGAGCCCAACCUCAAGGCGGGGGCCUCGUGGACUGCCAGGUUGACGGUGCCAGAGUAUAUAAGGGAGGCUGCAUCCGAUCCGUCCGACGAUGCGCCGAAGAGUGUGACAUGGAUCAUCGAAGUAACUUCGCAGAUCAUUUUCUCUCGGACAGCAUCUGUCAGCUACGAAUUGCUCAUAGCAAGGGAUCAGAAGUCGUUAGAUCUGGGCUUCACAGCCAUAACGGGGAACAGUCAGGGGUCGCCGGGACAGGUGCAGGAUCACCAGCAAGGGAAGAAGUCGCACACCUCGAAUCAUCCAGCCCAGCCGAAAGGGGUUUACUCGAAAGCUGUUAAACUGGUCGUAGAUGAUACGACGAGCUUAUGGAACAAGCCGGCACUUCCAGAGUGGGAUGAGCAAGAGCGCUCGCAUCGCGGGUCAGGGGAUGCCCAUAACGGCGGUCCAUCCCCGAAGAAAAAGAAGAUCCAUCUCGUCGUACUCACACAUGGCUUGCAUAGCAAUCUUACCGCGGAUAUGCUCUAUAUGAAGGAGAGCAUUGAUGCGACCGUGAAACAGGCUCGCGAGAACCGAAGAAGGCGGCGGCGCGAAGCCAAGGCAGGUGAACCACGCAAAUCUGGGGAGUCCAAGGAUGCUGCCACAGCGCCCCUCUCCGGGGGUCAAGAGGAUAUCACCGAGUGUGACGAAGAUGACGACGAGGAACAAGUGGUUGUCCGCGGUUUUGAUGGAAAUAUGACCCGCACAGAGAGGGGCAUACAAUAUCUUGGGAAAAGGCUAGCCAAACAUGUCCUUCGCACAACAUACCCGGACCAACCUUUCCUGCCCGUGAAGAAGGCGUCAAUAGGAAAGAAGCUCUCUGGAACUUUGUCGCCAACCAAAUCAAAAUCAGAGCAUGACUUUACCGCGCUUGAAGGGCGCUUGCACCACCUCCACCAUCACCAGUAUGAGAGGGCGUACCAGUAUACAAGUAUCAGCUUUAUUGGCCAUUCAUUAGGGGGACUGGUACAGACAUAUGCGAUCGCCUAUAUCCACAAGCACUCGCCACAGUUUUUCGAAAAGAUUAAGCCCAUCAAUUUCAUCGCCUUGGCUUCACCGUUCUUGGGAUUAAGUAAUGAGAACCCGAUGUACGUCAAAUUUGCGCUCGACUUCGGACUUGUUGGAAGAACCGGUCAGGACCUCGGUCUCACCUGGAGAGCUCCUAAUAUCGCGAAAAGCGGAUGGAGUGCUAUUGUCAGAUUUGAUGGUAUCUGA